GCGCCGGAAGUUUCAUCGACCACUUGAAGCCCAAGCUACGCAAUGGGAAACGAUCAGUGCAGAUGCCUGAGAGAUGAUGACUCAAACAAGGAGUUCUACAUAGCCGCAUUGCCCGUUUGCGGCGGCGUGACCACGAAGGAGGACGAAAUCUACCGGGAAAGGCUCCUGCGCGUGAUAUUGCGGGUUCAGAGGCACUGGCGAGUGGUAAGCGCGAGAAAGAAGUUUGUACGGAAGGCAGAAAUGUCAUAUACUGGGGCGACGGCGAACAAGCAGACUCACUUGCUGCAUUGGCAGGCCAAGUACAUCAUUGCGAACAACUUGCCAGCCAAUGAUGCGCAUUGGGACUCAGAAGACCCAGCUUGGGUGGGCAAGGCAUCUAUGUCGAAGCGGCAUCGCUUUCUGAUUCGGCGAAAUUUGCACUGGCGAUGGUUCAACGCAUUGAUUUUCGGUAUGAUGGACGACCAAGAAAUGGUUUAUCCAGCCUCAAAGUGUUGUCACGACGCCGUCUCAGAAAUCAAGAUGAUGAAGGAGGCUGCAUUGACAUGGGUGAAAGGUGUUCGAGAGGCUGAGGGCUGGUCACACAAUGUUGGACUUUUCUUCCACGUCUAUGGUCACAACAGUGUCAAUUCGCUGCAUUUGCACGUGGUGGACAUGGAUUUUGUCGGCCCCAGCUUCCACGCACAGAAGUUUAAGAACUUGCCCAUGGACGAUGUGCUCUCCGUUCUGGAGCAGGAAGCCAGCGCACUGAAAAGCAGCGACCAGCUGGCAACGUUGAACUCGAUGCCUGCUAUUGAGGAAACUGUGGAUCUCAAGAUUGAGACGGUGAAGGCGUGUCCUGAAAUCAACACGGCUCAGUUGUACCGCUUCGCUCGCCAGAAUUUCCGGGAGCUUGGCGGCGUGCGGGCGUUGCGAGAUCAGCUGCUGCGCCAGGGAUUUUUAAAGGAAGGCACGCCGAAGCUCACCACCAGCAACAAGCCCUUCAACGUCUUCGCUAGACUAGCUUACCAAGACACGGUGGGCCGUGCCUUGAUAAGUUCAGAAACUAGCUAUUCCAAGCAGAUGCUCGUAAUGCGGUCUGGGUCAAAGACCUUGGACUGACAUGCUAAUGACGCCCUGCGCUGGUACAAUCCAUUGCCGACGCACCGAUGUGACUCAAGGCAGUGAGUCGGGCCGUAGAGCCCUGUCCUUUACCUUCGUGCUUGAUGUGCCCGCAGCCAGGCAUGCGCAAAGCGCGUGGCGAUUUCUUUGGCUGGUAAUUAUUUCUCGUUGGUAUCAUCGGUUAUUUGAUGGGAACAUUCAUCUUGCGUGACAUGUCCAUUUCCCAAAUGGGAAUUCAAUGAUCAUGCAGUCUCAUUUACAAAAUUGAAACAAUCAAUGAGAUUGAC